AAGAAGAAGCAUAAGAAGAAGAAGACGGAAGAGAGUUCAGAAGAUGGUGAGAAAAAGGAAGGCGGUGGUGGUGGUGGAAAACGUGCCCAGAGAGCUACAUCCAAUGUCUUCGGCAUGUUCCCCCAGACACAGAUUCAGGAGUUCAAAGAGGCCUUCACUCUGAUCGAUCAGAACCGCGAUGGGUUCAUUGACAUCGAGGACUUGAAAGACAUGUACGCUUCCCUCGGUCGCGCACCUUCGGACAAAGAGUUGAAGGAGAUGCUGGACGAAUCUCCGGGCCCCCUCAACUUCACCAUGUUCAUCAACCUCUUUGGUGAGAAGCUCAACGGCACUGACCCCGAGAACGCUCUCAUGAACGCUUUUGCCAUGUUCGAUCCUGACAAGAAGAAUUUCAUCUCUGAGGAAUACCUUAAGGACCUCCUAGAAAAUAUGGGUGACAACUUCACCGCAGAAGAGAUCCGCCAAACGUGGAAGGAGGCACCCAUUCAAGCCGGCAAGGUGGACUACGAGAAAUUCGUCCACCUUAUCAAGAGAGGCAACGAGGAGUUGUAG